GCCGGCCAUAGAACUGACGGUAUUCAAAAUGGUGUAUGGUGAGUUCUUCCACAGACCAGGACAAGAUGAGGAGCUCGUCAACUUGAAUGUGGGUGGCUUUAAGCAGUCUAUUGGCCAAAGUACAUUGCUCAAAUUUCCCCAUACAAGACUUGGAAAGCUACUCAAAUGCCAUUCAGAAGAGGCUAUUCUGGAACUGUGCGAUGACUAUAGUGUUGCGGACAAAGAAUAUUAUUUUGAUAGGAACCCUUCGUUGUUCAGAUACGUGCUGAACUUUUAUUACACAGGUAAACUCCAUGUUAUGGAAGAGCUCUGCAUCUUCUCCUUCACCCAAGAAAUAGAAUACUGGGGGAUCAAUGAACUGUUCAUUGAUUCCUGCUGUAGCAAUUGGUACCAAGAUAGGAAAGAAGACAGUCCAGAGAAGGACUGGGACCAGAAAAGCAACAAUGAAAGUCUGGACUCUACAUUGGAAGAGUCUUCCAUAUUUGAGAAGGAUCUUGAGAAGUUCGAUAAGCUGCGGUGCGGGAACCUGCGCAGAAACAUAUGGGUCAGAAUGGAGAAUCCUGGAUAUUGUUUGUCAGCCAAAAUAAUUGCUGUUUCUUCCCUGAGCGUGGUCCUGGCAUCUAUAGUGACUAUGUGUAUCCACAGCAUGCCAGAGUUCCAAAAGCUGGAUGCCAACGAAAGAGAGAUCGAAAACCCUGCUCUGGAAGUUGUGGAGAUCAUAUGCAUUAUUUGGUUCACCUCUGAGCUAGUGAUUAGGUUGGCUGCUGCUCCAAGUCAGAAGAAGUUCUGGAAGAAUCCACUGAACAUCAUUGAUUUUGUCUCCAUCAUCCCAUUCUAUGCCACCUUGGCAGUGGACACAAAGGAGGAAGAAAAUGAAGACAUUGAAAACAUGGGUAAAGUAGUCCAGAUCCUACGGCUAAUGAGGAUAUUCCGUAUCCUGAAGCUGGCGAGGCAUUCUGUUGGACUACGGUCUCUGGGUGCCACUCUGAGACACAGUUACCAUGAAGUUGGACUCCUACUUUUGUUCCUGGCUGUGGGGAUUUCUAUUUUUUCUGUUUUGACCUAUUCAGUGGAGAAAGAUGACGAGACAUCAGAACUGCAGAGUAUUCCCAUCUGCUGGUGGUGGGCCACCAUUAGCAUGACCACUGUUGGUUACGGGGACACCUUUCCAGUCACCCUAGCAGGAAAGAUCAUUGGAACGUCUUGCAUUAUCUGUGGAAUAUUAGUGGUGGCUCUCCCUAUCACCAUCAUUUUCAACAAAUUCUCAAAAUAUUAUCAAAAGCAGAAGGAUAUUGAUGUGGACCAGUGCAACAACAACCCGCAGGAGAAGACAAAUGAGCUUCCUUAUUUUAAUAUUAGGGAUAUUUAUGCAAAAAGGAUGCAUUCCUUUAUUUCUAGCCUUUCUUCAGUAGGAAUUGUAGCCAAUGAUCAAGACUCAACGGACGCCUCCAGUAUCCAAGAUGUUGAGGAUGUUUAUAACGUAUCAUCUUUGCAGAAUGAACGGGCAUCUUUAGUCUCAUCGAAGACUCAUCUGUGACCGGACCUGUAGUCUGCUGGUGACCUCUGGCACUAAGCACAGCUAAAAGCAUCCAUACGUAUUGAAGAGAUGCUUCAGCAUCCAACUGUUCAGAACGGUUAAAGGAUCUCUAACUAAUGCAACUCCCGGGGGAGAUAACCACGAGCAGUAAGUGGCAAAAAAAAUGGGGCGGUGCUCGCAGAUGUUGCUAGAGCUUAUUGUGCAUUCGCUGCUACAGCUUCGCACCAACUCUCCCCUCCCCUUUCCACCGAAAAAAAUAAGCCAUACAUACCAUUGAUUGCCUCAUUUUAUACUUUUGGCCA